AUGGUUGUUGAAAAUUAUAUUCCUAAAAAUGUUAUGGUAACAGGUGGAUGCGGAUUUAUUGGAUCAAAUUUUAUUAAUUAUAUUUAUAAUAAAUGGUCAAAUGUUAAUAUUGUAAACGUGGACAAAUUGAUUUUAAAUAGUGAUAUGCAUUAUAUAAAAAAUGAAAUUCAAGAAUCUAAAAGAUAUCAUAUAGUAACAUCAGAUAUUAAAAAUGAAUCUGUUAUAAAAGAUACAUUAAUUAAAUAUGAAAUUGAUACUAUAAUACAUUUUGCUGCUGAUUGUACAUCAAUAAGAUGUUAUAGUGAUCCAAAUGAAGCUAUUGAAAAUAAUGUUGUAAGUUUUAUUAUGUUUGCUGAUGCUGUUCGUUCAUAUGGAAAAAUUAAAAAAUUUAUUCAUAUAAGUACUGAUGAAGUUUAUGGAGAUUCUGAUUUAUCUAAAGAAGAGAAUGGAAAAAAAGAAGAUAGUAUUCAGUUACCUGGUAAUCCAUAUGCUGCAACUAAAUCAGCCUGUGAAAUAAUAAAUAAUAUUUAUGGACCAAAUCAAUGGGAUGUAAAAAUUGUUCCUCGUUUUAUUACUCUUGCUAUUGAUAAAAAAAAAUUUACAAUUCAAGGAGAAGGAAAACAAUUACGUUCUUGGUUAUAUGUUGAUGAUGCUGCUGAAGGAACAUAUUUUGAGAUGAAUGUCAUUGAUUUAGCAUAUACAAUUCAAAAAGAAGUUGAUAUUCAAUUAAAUAGAAAUGAAACAAGUGUUGAAUUUGUUUCUAUUCCAGAUAGACCAUAUAAUGAUUUACGUUAUCUUAUUGAUAUAACUAAAGCAAAAGAAGAAUUAGGAUGGGAACCAAAAACAGAAUUUAAUGAUGGAAUUAGAAAAGUUAUUGAUUCACAUAUAAAAGGUCUUCAAAAAUCUGCUAAAAUGAAAGUUGUUAUUUAUGGAGGUAAAGGAUGGGUUGGAAAACAAUUUUCAGAUUACUUUGAAAAUAAAGAAAUUCCAUAUGUAUUAGCAAAUAAAAAACCUGGUUUUGAUAAAGAUAGUGAUGUAUUUGAUGAAAUGUUAUCAUUAAAUCCUACACAUGUUUUAUGUUGUACAGGAAGAACUCAUGGUGGAGAAUUUAAAACAAUUGAAUAUUUAGAAGGUGGACCAGAAAAAACAUAUGAAAAUAUCCGUGAUAACAUGUAUAGUGUUAUUACAUUAGCUGAAAUUUGUAAAAAAGAAUCAAUUCAUUUUACAUAUAUUGGUACUGGAUAUUUAUUUUCAUAUGAUAAAGAUCAUCCAAUUGGUGGAAAAGGAUUCGAUGAUGAUGAUCUUCCAACAUUUUUUGGAAAUUCAUAUUCUGUUGUUAAAGGAUAUACUGAUCGAAUGAUUGGUUCAUUUAAAAAUUCUGAAAUAAUAAAUGCAAGAAUAACACUUCCAUUAAAUUUUAAUUUAAAUGAAGAUCGUAAUUUAUUAAGUAAAAUAAUAAAAUACAAUCAAAUAUUUGAUCUUCCUGUAUCUAUUACAAUUCUUCCUGAUUGUAUACCAGCACUUGUUUCAUUAAUGGAAAAAAGAUUUGGUGGAAAUAUAAAUCUUGUUAAUCCUGAACCAAUAAGUUUACAUGAAAUUCUUCAAUUAUACAAACAAUAUGUUGAUAAAAAUCUUCAUGAUUACACUGUUAUUACAAAAGAUUCUGAUAAAGGUAAAAAACUUUUAGCAACAAAAGGAAACUGUGCUCUUGAUACAGAUAAACUUAUCAAAAAUUAUCCAUAUAUUAAAACAUCUCGUGAAUCACUUAUAGAAAAUUUUAAGAAGUUAUCUGCUAAAUAA